CUAAGCGAUAUCUCAAUUCUCAAAGUCUCAAUGGAAGCAACAUCACAGCCGUUUUUGUCUCAAAGUUACCUUAACGCUCAAGAAACCGCGACAAGGACGACGAAAAAUUACCUAACUUCGCUUCAUUCAACCCGAAAACAACCUUCGAAGCCCUUAUUAAAGAGGCCUGCAACAUCAUCAUCAUCAUCCCCUUUGAAUCCAAUGCAUCCUCAUGUCUACAGAGUCGAGCCAGUAAACUUCAAAGAGUUGGUUCAGAAGCUAACCGGUGCACCUGAGCACGAGGUUGUGCAGGCUAAACCGCUUACGAGUUUGGAUGAUGUAACAAAGCAGAGUUCUUCAUCUUCUUGGGGAGAUUUUUCAUUUCAGAAUCCUGCAAAUCUUUCCCGAUGGUAGUUCAUAACAUAUUUAUGUAUUUACUCUUUCGAAAUGCUUUCUUUGAACGAGAGAGAUGCCUGACAUUCUUGUACUUUCUUUUGUUUUUUAGCUUUUUAAUAAACAAGAAAGAUGUAAUCAACAAAGAGUUAACUUAAUCAUGUUAUAUUAUGAAUUUAACCUGUAACUUGCAUGAUUAUGAAAUGAUUCAGCGAUUCUCUGUUAUAAAUUUUCACUAAUCAUAUAAUUUUCAGACAGGCAUUUUCGUAUUAA